AAAGUGUUCCUCCCCCUCACCUCCUCUGAUCUCUUCUCACCUGCUCUCAGUCCUCUGAUGCCUCGAGGACCACCUGUCGUCCCAUCAUCCUUUGCGUUUCCAAUAUGGAGGAACUGGCGGUGGAGGUCCGUGGCUCCAACGGGGCUUAUUACAAGGGCUUUGUCAAAGACAUCCACGAUGACUCUCUCACCAUUGCCUUUGAGAACAAUUGGCAGCCAGAACGCCAGGUGCCCUUCAGUGAUGUCCGUUUUCCACCACCCCCUGAUGCCAAGAAGGACAUUGGAGAAGGCGAGGAGGUGGAGAUCUUCUCCAGAGCCAAUGAACAGGAGCCCUGUGGAUGGUGGCUUGCUACAGUCCGUAUGAUGAAGGGAGAUUUCUAUGUGAUUGAAUAUGCUGCCUGUGAUGCCACCUACAACGAGAUUGUGACCUUUGAGCGCCUGCGUCCAGUCAACACAAACAAAUCCAUCACCAAGAACUCCUUUCACAAGUGCACCGUCCCCAUUCCUCAGGAUCUACAAGAAGUAUGCCAGGGUGAGAACGCCCACAAGGACUUCAAAAAGGCUGUGGGAGCCUGUCGCAUCACAUACUGCCCUGAGACCAGCCAACUAGUGAUUGUGUCUACCAAUGAGUCAACAGUGAAGCGUGUGUCUUUACUAAAUGACAUGCACCUGCGCAGCCUCAGGACCAAGCUGCUGUUGAUGUCACGCAACCAGGAAGCCACAAAACACCUGGAGAGUUCUAGGCAGCUGGUGUCGUCUUUUCAGGAGGAGUUCACUGUGAGGCUGGAUCUGAUGGGACUGGCCAUCGGCAGCCAUGGCAGCAACAUCCAGCAAGCUCGGAAAGUUUCAGGUGUCACUGCUAUUGAGCUGGAUGAAGAGACUGGCACUUUCAGGAUUUAUGGGGAGACAGCAGAGGCAGUAAAGAAGGCCAGGGGCUUUUUGGAGUUUGUAGAGGAUUCUGUCCAGGUGCCAAGAAACCUUGUCGGAAAAGUGAUAGGUAAGAACGGAAAGGUCAUCCAGGAGAUUGUAGACAAGUCUGGUGUGGUGAGGGUCAGGAUAGAAGGAGACAAUGACAACAAGCAGCCCCGACAGGAAUUGACAAAGGGAAUGGUCCCGUUCACCUUUGUUGGCACAAAGGAGAGCAUUGGCAACGUCCAGGUGCUGCUGGAGUACCAUAUCUCUUACCUUAAUGAGGGUUUCUCUGGAAGGCACAAUCACAGACAACAGUCUUACCACAACAUGGAGGUCGAACAGCUUCGUCUGGAGCGCAUGCAGAUUGAUGAACAGCUGCGUCAGAUCACCCAGGGAUACCGACCAGCCGACAGGGAGAGAGGAGGAGGAGGAUACAACCCAGAGAGUGGUGGCAGCGCCCCGCACAGCAGUCGCUCUUACAACAGCCGUGGGCGUGGACGUAGAGGACACAACUACAACCCUGGAUAUGGCACCAACUCAGAGCACUCCAAUGCAUCUGAAACUGAUUCAGAGCGUAAAGAUGAACUCAGUGACUGGUCCCUGGCUGGAGAGGACCGGGACAGGGAGAGAGGCCCACGGCCACAGAGAGAUGGGCGUCGACGACCAGGACCUGGUCGAGGCCGUGGAGGACCAGGAGGAAGAGGAAGAGGUGGAAGAGGAUACAGCAGCAGCUCAGACUACCACCACCACUCUGCAGCAGGCCCUCAGAACCAUGAGAAUAACUCCUACAAUGCCUUGGAAGCCAACACAGAGACGGAUCAGACUGCAGACACCGACGCAAGCGAGUCAAACUUGGCUGCAAACCGUCGCAGAAGGUCCCGGAGACGCAGGACAGAUGAGGACGCCACCUUGAUGGACGGCAUGAGUGAAUCUGAUAACGCCUCCAUGAGUGAAAAUGGAGUUGAUGAAUCUGAAGCUAAACCCCAGCGUCGUAACCGCAGCCGGCGUCGCCGUGUCCGCCUGCCUGAGGAGAGGCAGCCAGUGACAGUGGCAGACUAUAUAUCCAGAGCUGAGUCACAGAGCAGACAGCUGACGUCUAAGGAACCCAAGAAAAACAAGGACAUGGGUCAGGUUGAAGCCAUCGCAGAGCACAGCCCUCAGCCGGUACCGUCCACCACCAAUGGUCCCAGCAACUCCACUGCUGACAGCGAGGCCCAUGAUGCUGAUGGAGCUCCAAGGUCUUCCACCAAGAGGCCUGCCAAAGUGUCCUACGAGGACUCUAGUGCACAGCCUGUUGUUAACGGAGUGGCCUAGUUAAAACUGGGGCAAAUGUUGUUUCAAAUAUGUGGUUCUCUUGGGCUGCACUGAAUGUCCGUCUCCAGAGCAGCCAUGUGAAUCAACAAGCACUGUCCAUUUUUUUAAUUAACUUUACAAGUAUUUGAAACCUGUUUCACUGCUUGUGUUUUUAGAGAUCUGAACCUAAACUACACAACACGCUCACGUCUCCUCUUUGUUACAUUUUCUACAACAGUUCUUCCUGUACGAGCUUGCCAAAGAUACUCACCAACACAGACAGACUUGUAUACGUGUAAUCUUAAUGUUAAGCUUUCAGUCCUUUCUUCAUGUAGGAGUUGAAGUUGGCCACAGAAGUUGUAAAACUCAGACGGGGUUUCGUACUGUGGUAUAAAUGCAGCAGCACUGUUUGUAUUGGUAAACAUAGUAGUAUCUUAACGGGUUUUAGAGUUUAAAAAAAAAAGUCUGAUUUUAACCAGUUGGACUCUGAACGAUGCUUCCACACAACCUUCUUGUGCAUCUGAAGUAGUCUUUUUGUAACUUCAGUGUUCUGCAUGAGCAGUGCCCAGCACGGAUAGGUUUGUCACAAAAACAAAAAACACGUAUGUUUAACAUACAUGUGAUCAGCUGUUGUGCCUUGAGAGUAGAUUUCAACAUGUUGUUGCCCGGCUCUGCCCACCGUCUGAGAUCCUCUCACUCGUUUCUGUGUUACCUGGUUGCCUUUUAACUGGCGGCAGUUGAACUGUGUGGGCCGUCUGCUCGCGCUGCCGCUCUGAAGGCAUGCGCAGGCUAACGCUGAAAGACUCUGAACGGAUUUCAGAGGCAUUUCUUAGCAAAAUCAGGUGUGACCAUUCUUGAUGUCUGUGGGGCUCAAGUGUCCAGGUGUCCUUUAUAUAUAUAAAUACAGUAUAUAAAUAUAUAUAUCUGUUGAGGAGUUUGACAUUAGCUGCUUUGUGUUUUGUUUGUUUUUGAAUAUGCAACUACUUGGGUCAUAAAACAAAUGUUACUAUAGUGUCCAGUAAAGGAACAAAUGAGAGAAAAGUUUUCUUUUGCACUGAAAUGUAACCCUAUUUUUGUUUAUGUAAAAAAAAAUUGAUUGUAGUCGAGUCUGAAGACUGACCUGUGACUGUUGAAGUGCUGGACAGAGAUGUAGCUGGUCAGUGCUGGGUCUCCUGGAAACAUCUCAGUUUGAUUAAAUUGUUUUAGAAAUUGGGUAUGAAAUACAAACAAUUUUUUUAAAAUCACUGUUUCAGAAUUCUUAGUGAACCAGAAUGACCCCCCUGCCCCACACCCCUGGUGCUGAGAUGUUUCCAUCAAGGUAACAACAAAGUCAUACUCAUGAUUCUUUCACAGACUGACUGGCUGGAAACCUGUCGUGAUUGUUCCAUUUAGAAAGGUUUAUUUGGUAUUUAUUUAAAAUGAUGUACAGUAUUUAAGAAAAAUGAAAGACAAAACCAACAAAAAAAAUAAAAUCAAAAGCUCUUCUUUUUCUUUACACUAAACCAUAUCACACAAGGGUUACAUUGGAGGUAAUUUGGACUACUGAGUGUUGUGACAUCCAGUAUGUUUUUUUUAAGGAUCAUUCUGGUUGGUUGAUGUGCAAUAUGUUUUGUAUGCACGUAGUUCUUAAAUAAACUUGAUCUUUCAUGUA